GUAUCAAAGUUGACCGUUCUUGUCAAAAUCGUCACAAGCUUACUUCGAUGAAAAGCUGGCCCUAAAUUAACUACACGCGCUACACAUCAAUUUAUUUAGUGUUUUGAUUAUACUUGCUCGCGAGUGUCACAGCGAUGGCUUCAAGACAAUCCAGUUUCUUGGAUAAAAUCAAACAAACCGAUCUUGAAAAGUCGAAAAUGACCGAAACGAUUCUGGCCGUGAAGAAAAAGAAGGAAGAACUAGAUAGACGCAUACUGGAAUUGAAGGGUUCUCUUUCGAAUCGACAAAGCCAACUGGAGGUGCUACAGAAACGCUGUGAGGAAUCUAAACUGCAACUCACCGAACUAGCUUCCAACGAAAAACGCGUUGACGCUAUUCACGAGAUUGAACAUAUACGCCAUGAGAAACUUCGUUGUUUGGUGCAGGAGCACAAGGCAGCAAUCGAUCGACUCACUUCGAAGAAUAAAGAUCAAUUCCGCAACCGUAUCACCUGUCCCAACGUAGCCUCACCGUAUCAACUAUCCGCAGCUAGUUAUACGCGUGAGUACCAGCUCGAUGAGAGAGAAGGCACUUUGAAUGAAUUGCAGCGUUCCCUGGAGAAACGGGAACAGAACCUGGUAAUCAAAAAGAAUCACAACACUGCCAGAAUCGUACGGCUACGAAAGUUGCUCCAGACCAACGAAACAAAGCGUGCAACGUGCAAGGAACAGCUGGUUGCGCUCAAAUCGCGUAACACCCGGCGCUACUAGUUAAUCUUGUCGUUUGAACAGGCGCCAGGUUAAAAAGAACAAGAACUCGGUGAAAGUUAUCAAACUGCAACCCAGGAAAAAACCACCGAGACCACCGAUAUAAACUGAAAUGGUUCGAAUUGUACAAGUUGAUUUAGUAUAUUUUUAGCACUGAAUAAAAUUGUUAUUACCAAAGAC